ACCAACGUCUCCGCGUCCUUCACAGUUUCGCCACCUAGUGUGUCUGGCGACGGGAGCUCGACGAGCAUCUUCGGCGUAGCCACCAUGGUCGGCAUUGAUGCGUUGUUCUGCCCGACUGGCGGCGCCGUGGCUGGUAUUGAGUCCUUCAUCCAGGAUGAUGAACAGUCCUUUUCUGCGUUUAUCACGGCUUUCCCUGACAGCUCCGCCAUCAUCGCGGGCUUCAACGCCUCGGCGGGCGAUAACAUCACAGUAAGCAUCGCUGUGACGAACACGACGUCGGUCACGGUGGUCAUUACAAACGAGAGCACGGGCGAUAUCAUCACUGAGACCGCCUCUACCGGGACUCUGUGCAUGGGGGAAGCAGACUGGGUCAUCGAGAACAUCGGAGUGGACGCGGGCCUACCGCCGUUGGCCGACUUUGGCACGAUCAACUUCACAGAUGUGUCUGCCGCGACCUCCAGCGGACCCCUGGACAUCACUGGCGCGACGAUUUUGAACAUAGAGCAGAACGGCACAGUUCUUACUUCGGUCUCGGCCUUGCCCUCGGAGAUCGAUAUUGUCUUCGUUUAA